ACUGAGUUAAACUCACGGUAAAAUCUCCGUAUCUUAUUUUAUCAAUGCCCUGCAUGAAUGCUUGGUAUUAUUCAAAGUUCAAAACAACUUGACGUUUGGUAAAUAAGAAUCAGCAAGGUUAUUUUUCUCUUGUUUCAUGAUUAAAAAUAAAUAAAUUAGAUUAGAUAUAAUAUAUUAGCCAUGGUUACAUACAUUACAUUUAAAAUUACCCAUAGAAAAUAUAAAGUUCUUCCUUGAAUUGCAUGAAAAGCGAAACUACCUACCUAUUCAAAUACAUAAAAAUCACAUUUCACAUGCAUUUUCCUUUUCCGUAUGAACUAAUCUUCAACUCUUUCACUUCAUUCUCACUUCAAUCGAUCAAGUAAAACGCGCCGUUUUACACUGCCACGUGUCACAUUCCCGUUCCUUCCCCUUCACGAUUCUUUCAACAUACACCCUCCGAUCUCACUUUUAUUCCCUCCUUAACCGUUUUCUAUCACUCGUGCCGCGAAUUUUCUCUCAGAAUCAUUUCUAACCGUUUUUCUUCCAUUUUCUUUCUCCUUCAUUUCUCUCUCUUUUUUCAACCAAUGGCGAAUGCAAAAUCAUCGUUUCUUUCUUUCAUUCUACUCACUCUUUCACUCUCACUUCAUGUCACCGCCGAUUCACCACCGUCUCCAUCACCGGCGCCGUCGCUGUCGCCAUCACCGACUGACACUCCAUCUCCAUACUAUCCUCCGGCGAGUUCUCCUCCAGUUUCGUCGCCUCCAGCACCGUCUCCGUUAAAUCCAAGUCCAAUUCCCGCUCCGGUACCUUCGCCGGAGGAUUCAACAUCACUAAACCACAUCGACGUUGACGAGAAAACAGAAGAUUCAUCAACCGAAGGAGGAAUGAGCGGAAGCAAGAAAGCAGGGAUAGCUAUCGGAAUAAUCGUUGCAGCGAGUGUGCUUAUGUUGGCAGGGAUGGUGUACAAGAAAAGGCAACAGAAUCUACGAAGAAAUCAGUAUAAUUUCGGUGUAAGAAGAGAUAUUAUUCUGUAAACGAAUACGUGUAAUUGUUGUAUUUGUAUACCGUAUACGUGACUUCUCUCAUUUGUAUCAGUAGAGGUUAUUAUACUCUUCCUCUAUAUAGUUUUUUCUUAUUUUGGCGUUAUUUUCAUACAAUGAUUCAUAUAUUUUUUUAAAUUCUUUUUGUUCUUGUUAAUAUGUGAUGAUGGAAAUAUAUUUUUCGAAUUUCUAUAUUA